CUCGUCGGGUGCAUGGCCUAUGACUGUGUGAUGAACGAGUGGGUGUGGGUGGUAACGUGUCUCGAGUGCGGAGAUGACCUUCACAAGGUUAAGAAUGUUGUAAGGGGUUGUCCAACACGCUUACGGUGCAGACAGUGCCACACAGCCAUGGUAUUGACCGUUGAGGGAGUCAAGGUGGGCCGGACUGUUGCUGGGGCUAAGCAUGCGUCUCUGCUAGAGGGUGUGACAGCCAAAGAAAAGAG